AUGGAUGGCGGCUAUAAACAACAUCAACAGCAACAAAUAUUACAAACAACAAUACGCGCUAAUUUGGCGGAUAAGGAAGUGAACAACUUGAAGGAUCAAUUAACCACCAACACUGACACCACCACCAACACACUGGCCACCGCCAACAGCAGCGACAUACCAGCCGACAUAGACGACUUCAGCAGCGUGGCUGCCGCCGCACUUGCCGCCAAUAGCAGCGCAUCCACAACAACAACAGACAGCAACACCACCCCCACCACCACGUCCACCAGCAACACAAUCCCACCAAGCACCAAACUGCUUUCGCCCACCAACGCCACAUACAACAGUAUCGCCGCCGGCUUUAAUAGCCCGAAUAACAUACACAAUAAUAACAACAAUACAAAAUUGCUGAACAGCGUCGCUGCGGCGAUAACGUUACAUCAGAACGGUGGCAAUUUAUUGGCGUCCACCACAUUGCCGCCGCUGCUGCUGCCGCUGCCGCGUGUGGCAAUAGCAGCGUUUCACCGCUGA